AGAACAAUCUGACAUGAUAAGUUGCCGACCGUUUUACAUAAUUUUGUAGCCUAUAAUCGAUGAUGUAUAAUCGUUAUGCGCAAAUAGAAUGAGACUUAGCUGUCUUGUUAUCGUCUAAACCCAAGAGUAAUUUUGCGAUAUGUACAACGAGGCAGAAGUACAUACACGACUGUAUUGUUGAGAACAGAGGCGACUUCAAAAACGACGAUGACCUCAACGAAUACUCUAACGCCUCGAUAUAGUUCGGGGGCCGACUACAGUUUAAGCUCAGACAAAAAUCCGGUAGUGUUGGAGUUGGGUAGAGCUUAUACCAAAUGCGGGUUUGCCCGAGAGCCAAGCCCGCGUGCCGUGAUCCCAUCUCAAGUGGCCGGCCAUGAUCUCUACUCGUACAGCCACGCCAGUGAACUACCUCAUCUCCUGCAAGACUUCCUUUAUACUGUGUACUACAAACAUUUGUGUACAAGCCCCAAAGAUCGUCGCCUGGUGGUCGUCGAGUCACUUAUGGUUCCCACUGAGUUCAAGGAUACACUUGCCAGCGUUCUAUAUGAGCACUUUGAAGUGCCGGCUAUCGUCUUUGUCCCUUCGCAUCUUUGCGCUCUUUACACACUUCGAUUGAACACAGCGCUCGUAGUCAAUGUUGGCUUUCGAGAAACGACGGUUCUGCCAGUAUUCGAAGGGGUGUGCGUUCUGCAGGCGCUCGGGGAUGCACCCCUAGGCUCAUAUGAGAUUCAUCGAAGACUCGAAAGUUUUUUGCUGAAAUUCGGCAGAGUACUUUGUUCCGAUGGGCAAACCUGCUUUCUCGGAGAAUUAAACCCCGAUGUUCUAGCUAAUGGCCAUAUAGUUGAGGACAUAAAAGUUCGUACAUGCUUCAUCACGCCUAGAGAGCGUCACAUGCAGGCGCAGACAUUUCAGGAAGCUUUCUGUGAAGGACGCCAGCUUGAAUUGCCAGCCCCGUCUGACGUGAGGUAUCCUCUCGAGGGAGACAAAGUCCUUGAAAUUCCUGGCACGCUACGAGAAUUUGCACCGGAGUGUCUCUUCGAGUUGGAUAAUGAAAUGAUUUCAGUAGCGACUCUUGUACUUGAUGUCCUCUUACAAUGUAAUCGUGAUUCUCGUCGUGUCCUCGCAGAGAAUAUAGUCCUCAUAGGCGGAACCGUCAUGCUUCCUGGAUUUAAACGUCGUCUUAAGGAGGAGCUCCUGGCCCUUCUACAGGAGCCUCGUUACAAGGGGAAGCUUUUUUUAGAUAAAUUUAAAUUUCACACAACGCCCUGCUGCGCGAACGUAACGGCCUGGUUAGGCGGUUCAGUAUACGGCGCGACUGACUACGUUAGCUCCCAAGCCAUGACAAAGGACCAAUUCAUAGAAAACCGAAAGCACAUUCCGGACUGGGCCGAUCAAAAAUGGAAAACAGAUGUUAUCCCUGGACUGUGAAUUCAUACAACACAUGUUCGUCAACUCUUUGCGGUUGCGAUCAAUUUGAGGGCUAAUUUUUUUGCAACGACUUUUCAGCGUGCCCGCGGUGUGCGAUCGAGGUCAAAAGAUGUCAAGGUCAUCAAAGGUCGUAUGUGCGGCAUCAGCUAUUAUCUCUCUGGGCACUAUUGGCUACGUACAUUAUAAGCAAGAACUUGAGCGGUUAAUCGCAUGAUAUGAGCAGGAGUCAACUAAAGCAGGGUAUUAUCAACGAUAUCGAGCGUCGAAAACGACGCCAGAUUGAGAACGUUGUCACCCUUCAAAGACAGAAAGA